UAAUUAACGAAGCAGAAGGCGAGAUAAGAGUCGGCUCGUCGCAAUUUGAACUUUCACCUGGACGGCGACUUACCCCCCCCCCCCCCCCCGUAGACUCUUCUUUUUCUUUCUCUGGGUGAAAAGAAUUGACUUUUGAAAUUGAGCCCCACAAAAACGACGUCCUUCUCCUCAGCUUCCAUUAAUCGGCUCAAAGGGCGUGGACUUCCGUCUAAUCCGAGAAGGCUUAUCGAAAGGCUGAGUGACGUUUCCGCAGGUGCAGCGAGCCAAAAGGCAGAACUUCUAAUAGCUGGCGAUCCAGUUCCUGGUCAGCAGAGUCCGACUCCGACGGCGAGACCGGCACCAUGUCCGGGCGCAGUCUACGUCUGGAUGGCAGCCGGCUGGACCGCGACCUGCCGCUCUGCGGCGCCUCCUGCAGUGCGGGAGGAAACGGUUGGACCAACAGAGGGUUGAAAUCUCGCCGUCCCCGGCAGCUCUCCGCGUCCCGCUCGGAGUCGUUCCUCGCCCACACGCCUCGUAAACCCUCCGACCUGUCGCUCCACGGCGACGUUUCCGACGCCUCGCUGCUCUCCUCCUUGCUGGACGAGUCCGCCGUCCGCGAGCGCAGUGCGGUUGACGCCUUCUGGGAUGUGGACCACGACCUCGAUCCUAAAGAGAGCACCAUGAUGGAGGAGCAGAGCAGCGUGUUAGCCAACAGCACUCUGAUCGACUCUGACGGCCACCGUCCCAAACACUCGCUGAGCCGGGCCUCCCGCAAAGACCGCGAUUACGGAACCCCAAAGCCACCGUCGCCCUCCGAGCGCUCGAGGUCGCCGGCCUCGCACGCGUCCGACGUCCGCUGCGGGGACAGGAGUCGGCGAGCCGCGACAGAUGCGCCGCGGCCGUGGUUGGACUCGUUGCUGGUGGGCGCCAGGACGGCGGGGGCCCGUUGCCGCUCUGCGCUGGCGCGUGCCUGGCGGAGGCGUCGGGCUGACGGUAAUUGCGGAGCUUGUCCGGGCCACGGCGGCGGCGACAUGAGCGCCAAACGCGAGGCGCGUCUCCCCAUCGCAUCUCUGUGCGACGACUGCAAGGAGCAACAGCAGGCGGAGGAGCGGCGCGCCGUCGGAUCGUCUCGGUGGGCUCGGGCCUCGGCGUUCCCCCGCUUGUUGUGGAACGUCGCUGUGUUUCCAGGUAAGCCGGUCCAGCUCGGCGCCGCGUUCCAGUUGAUCGGCAGACGGUGGCGCGCCGGCCCUCUGCUGACUCGCAGGUUUCCUCUGGCACUCUUCUUGUUUCUUCUGACCCUCUUCGGUGUUUGUUGGUUCAGCUUUGCCGGUCUGCCAGUUCUAAGCGUCCUGGAGUGGAAGACUUCAGUCUCUGACCCGCCUGCCCUGUCCUCGGUCGACGGUCUGGCGUCUUCAGCGGCCCGUGACCAUGCGGAGGACUCGGCGCAGGAAGCGGAGUCCGAGUCCGAGUCCGGGCGCCUCGCUCGUCUGGAGCGCAGUGUUGCGUCGCUGCGGGAGAGCGUGGAGGCCGGCGCCGAGCUGGCGGAGAAGAGGCACGGCGAGAUGCUGGAGUUGCACUCGGAACUGCGGCACCACGCCCUGGACGGCGAAGUGCGGCUGAGCGGCCUGGUAGAGCGCCGGCUGGCCCGGCUGAGGAGGCGAAUGGACACGGAGAGACGGCGCAGGGAGCAGGAGUUGCUUUGGCAACAGACACAAACGUCUCGACUGGACCUUUUGGAGGCCACGUUGCAGAACCUGGCGGCCGAGGCGGAGGAGGCCGCGUCCAGGGCGGCGGCGAGACUUUCUGAUGCGGCCGGCGUGGCCGUGGACCGUCAGUCCCACGAUGCCCUGCUGGCAGAGGUGGGCCGUCUGGGGGCGGCCCUGGAGGACAUCGGGCGGAAAGUGGAAGGCCUGCCGGGAUGUCAGCGGCUGGACCAGGAGACUAUUUCCGCUCAGGUCCACCAGGAAGUUUCACUUCUUCUCUCCGGGUGGGACUGGGACGCGGAGUCCGGCUUCCCCGAUUCGCUGCGGCGGCGCUACGUGGCCGGCCCCGACUCGCGAGCGUCUCUGGCCGCGCUGGAGCGCGGCAUCCUCCGCAACGUCAGCCGGCGUCGGACGGACGGGAAGGCGGUGACCAGGGAGGACGUGGAUGUGAUCGUGAAGAACGCUUUGCGCCUUUUCUCGCACGACCGCACCGGCAUGGCCGACUACGCGCUGGAGUCAGGAGGUGGCAGCAUCCUGAGCACUCGCUGCUCCGAGACCUACGAAACCAAAGCGGCGCUGCUCAGUUUGUUUGGCGUUCCUCUCUGGUACUUCUCGCAGUCCCCUCGAGUUGUCAUCCAGCCGAACGUGCAACCGGGCAACUGCUGGGCCUUCCGAGGGUCGGCGGGCUUCCUGGUGAUCCGCUUGUCCAUGCGGGUGGUGCCCAGCGCCUUCUCCUUGGAGCACAUCCCCAAAUCUUUGGCCCCCAGCGGGACUCUGCGCAGCGCACCCAGACACUUCGCCGUCUCCCCUGUUCCGUACCUCGGACGAUGGUCUCGGCUGUUGCGUGCGUCCCCCUUCAGGGUCUGGACGACGGCGCGCAGGAGCGAGGGACGCCGCUGGGCUCGUACGUGUACGAGGAGGACGGAGAAGCGCUGCAGACUUUCUACGUCACGGAGGAGACCGAGCGAGCCUUCCAGAUCAUCGAAGUGCAGGUGUUGUCCAACUGGGGCCACGAGGAGUACACGUGCAUGUACCGCUUCCGAGUGCACGGUUCUCCCAGGGACGUCUGAACGCACCGUCCACCUUGCCUCUUAAGUUGCUGAGUUUCAGUUGGGGGGGGGGGGGGGGGGGGCGACUAAGCUGUGGCAACUUUGCCAAUAUUUUCAAGAUUUGAUCCCCUCAUUGCUGUAAUGUUUUAGAAUCUCUUGCAUUUUCUUCCAGUCCUUUCAAAAGGAUGAACCUGCUGAGUGACCUUGAAUGCAACAUUGACCUUUCCAAAGUUGCCUUGACGUGUGCCAAAUGGAUGUUUGAACUUGAUGCCUUCAAAUUUGCAAUUGCACUGAACUGACUGUAUUUUUGUCUUCAGUUUGUUUGUCACAUGUUAUGCCUUUUUAAAUGUUUUCUCCACCUAUUUGAGGCGUAAAUAAAGAUUUUAUGUUUCUGA